AUGCAGAACCCCAAUGGCACCAUUCUCCAUCUCUACCACUCCGGCCAUCUCUCUGCCGCCCUUCAUUUCUUCCAAUCGCUCCCUUCCUCUCCCGCUCCUGCUCCUCUUUCCGCCGCCACAUACUCCGCCCUGGUCGCCGCGUGCUCCCGCCUCCGCUCCCUCUGCGAAGGCCGCCUCGUCCACCACCACCUCCUCGCCUCCCCUGAAGCCGGCCUUGUCCGAAAUACUGUCCUCAACAACCACCUUAUCACCAUGUACGGCCGGUGCGCUGCUCCAGACUCUGCCCGCUUGGUGUUCGACGAAAUGCCCACCAAGAACCCCGUCUCUUGGGCAUCUGUCAUCGCGGCCCACGCGCAGAACAGACGCUCCGCCGAAGCUCUUGGACUAUUCUCUUCCAUGCUACGGGCGGGGACUGCGCCUGACCAGUUUGCGCUCGGCAGUGUUGUGCGCGCUUGCGCGGAGCUUGGGGACGUUGGUGUCGGGAGGCAGGUGCAUGCACAGGCUAUGAAGUCUGGUAAUGGAAGUCACCUGAUCGUGCAGAAUGCGCUUGUCACGAUGUACUCCAAGAGCGGUUUGGUCGGGGACGGGUUCUCGCUCUUUAGGAGGAUAAGGGAGAAGGACCUGAUUUCCUGGGGGUCGAUUAUUGCAGGGUUUGCACAGCAAGGUUACGAAACAGAGGCACUGCAGAUGUUCAGGGAGAUGGUUGCUGAGGGCAUGCAUCAUCCCAGUGAGUUCCAUUUUGGGAGUGUGUUUAGCGCAUGCAGUGUUCUUGGUAGUUUGGAGUAUGGGGAGCAGAUUCAUAGCUUGUCCGUGAAGUAUCGAUUGGAUCGAAAUUCUUAUGCAGGGUGUUCACUGAGUGACAUGUAUGCCCGGUGCAAGAAAUUGGAGUCUGCAAGGAGAGUGUUUUAUGGGAUCGAUGCUCCAGAUUUGGUUUGUUGGAAUUCCAUAAUAAAUGCUUGCUCUGUUCAGGGUCUACUUAAUGAUGCUAUGGUCCUGUUCUCUGAGAUGAGGGAUUCUGGUCUGAGGCCUGAUGGUAUUACUGUUAGGGGCUUGUUAUGUGCGUGUGUGGGCUGUGAUGCUUUGAAUCAUGGAAGAUUGAUCCACUCUUACUUGGUCAAAUUUGGUUUGGAUGGAGAAGUAUCAGUACGCAAUUCCUUACUCAGCAUGUAUGCACGCUGUAUGGAUUUCUCCUCCGCUAUGGAUGUUUUUAAUGAGACAAGGGAACCUGAUGUUGUCACCUGGAACAGCAUUCUUACUGCAUGUGUACAGCACCAGCAUCUGGAACUAGUCUUUAAGUUGUUCAACCUAUUGCAGAGGUCUGUGCCGAGUCUGGACAGGAUCAGCUUAAACAGUGUUCUGAGUGCUUCUGCUGAGUUGGGUUACAUUGAAAUGGUGGAACAGGUCCACACAUAUACCUUCAAGGCAGGGCUGGUGAAUGAUACAAUGCUGAGCAAUGGUCUAAUUGAUACUUAUGCUAAAUGUGGAAGUUUAGACGAUGCCACAAAGCUCUUUGAAAUGAUGGGCACCAACUGUGAUGUAUUUUCUUGGAGCAGUUUGAUUGUUGGCUAUGCCCAAUCUGGCUAUGCAAGGAAAGCCCUUGAUUUAUUUGCGCGGAUGAGAAGCCUGGGGAUCAGGCCAACUCAUGUAACGUUUGUUGGGGUUCUCACUGCAUGCAGUCGUGUUGGUUUUGUAGAUGAAGGCUGCUAUUACUACAGUAUUAUGGAGCCUGAACAUGGCAUUGCUCCAACUAGAGAGCACUGUUCAUGUGUCAUUGAUUUGUUGUCACGUGCUGGGAGACUAACUGAGGCAGCAAAGUUUGUUGAUCAAAUGCCAUUUGAGCCUGAUAUAGUAAUGUGGAAGACCCUUCUUGCCGCUAGCAAAACACAUAAUGAUGUGGAGAUGGGCAAGAGGGCAGCAGAAGGCAUUUUGCGCCUUGAUCCUUCACAUUCAACUGCGUAUGUCUUGUUGUGCAACAUAUAUGCGGCUUCUGGUGAUUGGGACGAGUUUGCAAGAUUGAAGAAGGCAAUGCGAAGGACUGGUGUUAAGAAAUCACCAGGGAAGAGUUGGGUUAAGCUCAAGGGGGAGCUAAAAGUCUUUAUAGUAGAGGACAGAUCACAUCCAGAGUCUGAGGAAAUAUACACAAUGCUGGAGUUAGUUGUAAUGGAAAUGAUAAAAGCUGGUUAUGUUCCAAAGCUGUUAUGUGAACAUGAUAAUUUUGACCACACAUAUAGUGAUAUGUCACAUGAUGAAAUGCUAGCUGAAUAUGGUUGAUUCCAAUCUUCUUGGAGAUUUGAUAGAAUUGUCCAAUCUACAAAAGCUGCAUGAAGCUUGUCUUUGUGCUAUAUUUGAUAGCUUAAGACCAGCAGUCCAGCAGGCCAUCUGUUCCUUUCACGUAAAUAAAUGGAAAGAAAAGAUAAGCCUGUGACCAGAUGCUGUUUUUUUCCAUUGUCUUGAUCCUUCCUUUGGCUUCAAGAUGUGAGGAGAAAUAUGUGUAACCAGGUGGAUUGAACAGUGCACCUAGCGAGCCUGCUGAGGCAGCUACAGAAGCGAUCUUGCUAUUUGAUACGUAAAGGGCAAGUUUAAUCAGUUUGAGUGACCACAUGGUUUUUCUAAUAGGAUUGUAGUCAUGGAGCGAGAUAUUGGGUUACUGGGCAUGAAUCUGAACUCGCAGUGUGGCGAAAGACUGGUCUCUUGAUCUACCACUACGAAUCUCUUCGUUGUUAAGGGUAUCAACCUGUCAGCAUGAAUUACUAGCUGAAGGAAGUUCAGAGUAACACAUCUCAUGCAGGCUAGCUAUACAGAUAUUUUUAUUUGGUGAAGAGAACAUUUACAGAAUGAAUUCACCAAGGGGGCAACGGAGAGGCAUGUAGCAACAUGAUGAUGGCGAAAUGUAAAAAAAUUCAGCAGACGUAAGUUCACAGCAUUACUUUCUUCAGGAGGUAUUUGUAACUGGAUGAGUAUUCAGAACAUACCACAACAGGAGUGGUGUAUUUGUGGGCGAAGACACUGCGGUUCGUAAGGAGUUGAUCCACAAAGGGGCCAGUUGCGAACAGAAUUGCUGCUUGAUGACAAUGGCAACUGAAGAUGCAACAGAGAGUGCGAGGGACCCAAUCACACCGAGCUGUAAGCCAGCUGUCAUCUUGACCAGCUGGUGUUUCGCUUAUCUGAAGUUACAUUAUUCAUAAAGAGAGUUAGGUGCAAGGUACGCAUGCUACGUACACACCAAAGAACAUAGUCUACUAGUAACAUGAAUUAAUUGCUUUUCUAAGACCGUAGAGUUCCUAAAGAAAUGGUGUGGCAGUGUCAGUUCUUUUAUGCUACAUGUGACUAUGCCUUUCUGUUUUCAUAUGAAAUAGAACACCAGCUUAAUUUGUCUUGGUGUACAAGAUAACAUGACUACAUGAGAACUGAGGGGCCCAAGUUAGGUUGAGUCAUUUGGGUGGUACGUAGUAUUUGAACAUUUAUU